GCGCAACAUGCAUCCUCUCCGCAACCGUUAAAAGUAACAAAGAUUAAAUACGUCUUUAAUCACAAUUAGGAGUAGGACGCAUUAAAGUUGAUUAUGGUUCUAUCGUACAACCGUAAUUUUCUUAAAUUCUUAAAUGCACUCAAGAGAAUCAUGAGUAUCCCAACCGUGCCAGGCGAUAAUCACGAGUAGAAUUAUGGACUGUAGUGUCGGUGAAUCUGGUAAAAACCUAAUUGAGGUGAAGUAACUGUCUUUAGACCGUUUCAUGCGAAAACAUUGCCACGAGACUCAGAGUAGUCGAUAAUCUAUGUUAGAGUUGUGUAUGAGAUUUCCAGAGAUCAUCUUACUUGAGUCUUGCGAAUCUCAGGAAAUCUGAUGCUACGCCUAAACCAGGAUAAACGAAGAGUCCAGACGCCACUCAUUUUUUGAAAGACACAUUGAGCUAUCGUCCUAGAAUUUUACAUCUGCAUUAGACCAAACUUUGGAGACUAUUUUUUAAAAGUGGAAUUGAAGUUGGAAUUGGUUUGAACUGGUUAACAUUUUCGUUGUUUUCGCCUGCUCAAAUGCAAAUACAAACUUCAUUAUGCCUCAUGUUGUAGAAAAAAACCUGACGAACAAUCGUAUAUAUGCAAAAAACAUUUAAAACAAAUAGUUCUAGAACUAGACAGUUUUUUCAAUGAUUUUCAAAAAGAAUUGUUGCAUGCCUGUUUAAACAGCCUGUAUUUUAGAAAAUGAUGUUCAAACUUUACGAAAAUACGUCCCGUGAUCUCCUCUAUAAAUCACUCCGAGCGAAUAAACUGUGAAUAGCAAACGAUAUUUUUUUACAGUGUAUCGAAUGGUGGAAUCCGCAUGUCUCCAACGCAUUUCUAUCAAAAGUGACUACAAAACAUCUGCAAUUACUAUAUUUUGCUUAUUACUUUCUGCUACAAAGGAUUUAUAGCAGCGGGAUUUAUAAAUAUUUAUCAAAGACUUUUCAAUUCAUCGGUAGAGGAAAUGCAUUUUUUGCCACGAUUAGCCGGUUACACAGCACCUUUAUUGCGGUUAAAGACUUAUUUUAACCGUGGUGGUAUAAGAGUAAGAAUCUAAAGUUACAUUUCUUGUUGAGAAGUUAACAACAAUGAGAAAUCAAGCUUUAACAAAUUUUCAAAAUUUUCAAACACAAAUUCGACAAAGAACUCUAUCGAACAAUCGAUCUUUAUCCAGACGUCAUUUUCAAGAACCUCAAAAUCGUAAUCAUAGUUACAGGCGUGUUCGCCACGUUAAUCCAAACAACACUGGAGAAAACGAAAGAACACUGUACAGGUCACAGCGAACGGAACAAACUGAUACUAACACCCAAAGUCAGAACAGAGACAAGAAAGAUCAUAAAAAUCCGCUAUCCAAUGCACCAAAGGAUCAAAAAGGAAAGGUACCGAAUGAUGAUAAUAAGAACUCGAAUAAAAAUGAUGGACAAGGAGAUGAGAUGAAUAGCAGAGAAAACGUUGAAGCAGUGAACAAGAAACCAAUAACAAGUUUAAUACUGCCCUUAGAAGAUGAAGAUGACAAUCAAUUACUUUCAAAUGAUUGUAACGGCUUAACAUUUCGGCGUAAACGUAAAAGCAGUAAAAAGAAGGAUGACAAUCGAGAUGAAAGGGAUUUUGAUAGUGAGGAAGAGGAAGAUACAAAAGAUAAAGAAAAAAAUAAUAAACAAAAGGCACUGGCGCUAGCACCUGGCAACAGCAGCGACGCCUUAUCAUUCCGGAAUGGAGAUAAUAAUAUACUAGAAACAACAGCAAUCGACGAACUUAGAAGACGUGAGUGUAAUCAUGAAUUAAAUAAAUAUCAUUCGAUAAAAACGACUGAGAUACAACACGACCAAAUUGCUAAAAUUGCCAGUCAUAUCUUUGAGACAAUGAUGGAUAAACUUAAUCGAUGCGAAGUGUUGCAUGCUUCACGACUAUACAUAGUGGAGAAAAGUAAAAUGAGGAAAAUUGCUGAUCGCCUAGCGCGAUAUGUCUAUAUAGAUACUCAAAAGAUAAGAGUGAAGCAAGAUAUGGCAAGUAUCAUUGGACACGUAAAGUCGACAUCAAGAUCAAACUAUUUCGGUUAA